GUCGCCAGUUCCCAUCCAGGCACGUGAGGGAGAGGUUGUGCAGCAGAUUUCUCCGUACACUUCCGAGUUAACUGUGCACCACAGGCGAGAUGUCUCCAGUUUCCCGAGGCUCACAGGGACUUCUCCUCCUGCUGGGCGCCCUGGCCCUUCUUCAGGCAGGGCGGAGAGGCGCCGAGGCCGCCAGCGCCCCCCCCGCGGACACCGACACCACGCCCAAGCCGCCUAAGCCCAAGACACCGAAUGACAUCGAGGAAUUCGUGAAGAAGCUGGAGUAUGAAGCCCAGGGCGGGAUUGACAACUCCUUGGACGCAUCGUGGACGUCGUGGACUUCAAUUGCUCUCUGAUGUCGUGGCUGACGACGUCCUGGAUGGUCUUGACGAAGAGUUCACUGUCGUCGACAGCGCGCUCGGGGAGAAGGAGGCCGUGCCUGCGAAUAAGACUUCUGAUCCCUCAAGAAGCCGCCAGCUGUCCCUGAUCUACCAAGGCGUCUACGCCCCGGACGCCCGCUUCAACGCCUUCGCGGACGGCGUGAUGGUCAAUAUGGUGGCGGAGAUGAAGCGGAAGCGGAUGGACCCCCUAUACUUCCGCGUCUACGACCGCGGCGUUGUGGAACACGUCUCGACGCAAUCGACCCGAGGCGGACGUCGAGACGAACCUUCGGCCGUGUCUUCCUCCUUCGCCGACCCCUCGAGUGACACCGCUCAAAGUAGCAGCAGAAGCAACAACAGGAGAGGCAG